AUGAUAAACAAUUAUUAUAAACAAUCUAGGCAACAAUCAUAUUAAUCAUCUCAAAAAAGAGCUUAAGAACUUAAUCGCAAAUCAAAACCAUAAUCAAAAUCUCCCACUUAAACUAAAUCUAAGGCUCAAUAAAUGUACUCUAAUAAAAAACAUACACUACAAUAUACUUUGCCAAAAGGAGAAUCAAAAUAUUAUCAAGAAUGUUUUCCUUAAGAAUAUACUAUAUUCUCAUUAAAUAAUGAAAUAUACUUUGAAAAAGAUAUUAUUAAAUGCAAAUAAAAAGAUUCUCAACCUAAUACUACUUUCGAAGAGUCAUCUGAUGAGGAUCAAAUUCAGCCAUAAGAUUUUACUCUUUUAGCAUCAUUUAAUCCUAUACCUAAUACAUAGCCUGCAAAUAGCUCUCGCUUUGUCUAUUCCAAUAGAGAAAGAAUAUUCUAAGAAAGAAGAACUUCUUUAAGUAAUAUUUAAAGCAUUACAUAGGUCCAUUAUAGAGAAGUUUAUACUUAAAGAAUAACAAUCAAUUGCAAAGUAGUAAAAAGAAAAUAUUUGAUUGA